GGCAUGUCAGCGAGCAAAAAUAAUCACUUCAGACAACCAUUGACUGUACACGGAAAUCCGGAAGAUGGCGACCCAAAACGCGCAAGAUAUUGUCCUCUCGACAUUCGAGCUUCUCGAGUUGAUCUUACUACAGCUAGACAAUCAAACCCUUCUCACGGCCCAGCGAACAUGCCAGACCUGGUACCAGAUAAUUCAAGAAUCAGUACCUGUUCAAAAAGCACUCUUUUUCAUCCCAACGGACUCGUCAUCUGCGAGUACCAAAGUGCAAAAUCCCUUACUUGCAAAAAUGUUUCCAAGCUUCUUCAAAUCAAACACAACUUUGCUAGCCAGCGUGGAUAUGCUGCAGCGACCUGAGAAGCUUGAGGCGUAUAUUAGACCUGAAGCAAGCUGGCGUCGGAUGCUUGUCCAGCAGCCUCCUAUAUUCAGAAUUGGAAUCCUCGUUUCCUGUUUUGCUAUGAGUGAGAGUUAUACUUUCCAUGAAAUCUCGACAAGAGAGAAUGGCCUGCGGAUGGAAGAAUAUUUCGAAUCCUUUCUAUUCCAUCGUGACAUGGUUAGGCUUGACAACCCGGUCGCCAUCUGGUGGCGCAACACUGAAUCUCCUGGAUGGCGUGGUAUAGAAGAGAUGACGAGCAGGACGCUUGAGACAGACCUUGUGAUUUACAUUCUUGGUGGCUCGACAUGUACAGACUAUGAUGACGAUUGGGUAACCGAAGAUGACAUACUAGCGCAUCGGAUUCGGGGCGUAUACCAAAAGUUGAAUAUCCAGCCUCCCAUACCAGCACGCGAGGCGAGGCUGAACGAGUGGGAAUACUCGCAGCCGUAUUAUUAACUUGCCUUCCAGGCUGGUGUUAUGUUUCUCGGAUGGACGUGAUAUGUAGAGGUGGUUUCAUAUCGGUGGCUGUAUUUAGCUUGUUGGAUCUAUGAACCAGUGGAAUAGCUAAUGGCACUAGCGCUAAUCUUUUAACUCCCUCAA